GGGCAGAUAUUCUACCGGAAAUGCACAUUGUUCGAAAAGAAUGCACUAUUGAAGGGUGAAUGGAGGCAACACAGCUGAUCGAUGACUCAAUAUUGGAAGAGUCAGAGGAGGAGGAUGGAGAGAUGCGAAAAGAGAAGCGAGGAGAGCCACUGGCCAAACUCAGGGUGUUAAAAAAUGAACACAUCUCAGAGACUGAGUUGCCUCUCUACCAGGGAGAGAAUGUGUUGGGUCGAAACCCAAACUCCUGCUCCCUGCCCCUCGUGGCCCUCUCCGUAUCCAAGCAACACACUGUCAUCUCCAUCUCAAUGUUUCACGGCAACCGUUGUCACGGCAACGGUGCCACCAUGGAGACAGAGGCUUUAGUGUGGGACCUGGGGAGCAUGAAUGGGACAAGGAAGGGCCGGACCAAACUGACCCCUCACGUCCGCUACGCACUGACCGAGGGAGAGUGUGUGGUAAUAGCUGACAUCCCCUGCCAGUAUGUCUCUGUGGACCAGAGGGGGGGACAGGGGCACAUGCAGAACCCGAUCAACGCACACUCUGGAAGGGGAAAGAGGACAGGGCCAGACAGGAAGGCCCAGUUCAGAGGAAGCCCUAUUGGCCAAGGUCUGGGACGAAAGACUGGCACACCGAAGACUGAAAGACCGACUGAGGGUAGAGGAGUCAAUGGAGAGAUGGGGGCACCAUCGUCGACUGAGCUGGGUGGAAAGGGUCAAACUCGGGCCAUACCCCUGUCGUUGGAACAAACCCCCACACAGCCUGAGAGGACACUGGUGCCUGAAUCUGAGUCUGACUCCGACGGAGAGCGAGAGGGACGGAGAGACAAACGGGGAAAGUACUUUGUCUCUGAUUCUGACUCCCACAUGUCCAGUCCCACCUGUUCUACAUUCCUCAGUCCUACAAACAAAGUCAUUCCAGAGAGUGAGGACGACAGCCCCAUCACUCACUCCUCUGCUAAAAACAGACCCAAGAAAGUAGUGAGCUUCAGUGAGGAGGAGAGCGACAUGGAUGGACCGAGACAGCAUCCCAGGAGAAGAAGAGCACAAGUGAUAGUGGACGACAGCGAGGAGGAGGGGAAGGAAGGCACAGAGGCACUAGGAGAGAAGGAAACUGGGACAAGGACAAGAGGAAAGGAAGAUGUGUCAGUGGUGAACCAGGUCAGUCAAGUUGAGAGUAGAUUAACCCCAUCUGCACCGAUGGUGUCUACAGAGGUCAAGUUUAACAUGGACAGUGACACAGACAUAGAGGGAGAGGAGGAGAUGGGGCUGUCUGCACCUGUAAACAGUGUUAUGCCACCAGACGCAACAGAACCUCCUACUACAGACUCUGACCCAGGCCAGAUCCACAUGGACAGUAAUACUGAUGUGGAGGAAGGAGAUACUAUGGACGGUGACUCUAAGUUAAUGCUAACUGCAGCCGAUGUGGAGAGGAAACCAGUAGAUUCUGUCCCAGUGGUGCAGCAAACAGAGAUACACCUGGACAGUGAUACAGACAUGGAUGAUGAUGUUGUUGUGUCGAACAGUGCUACCAAUGUUACCUCCUUCGUAUCGGAUCCGGUUGAGAAACCAGACGGUUCUGCCCCUGCAGUGCCGCCCGUAGAAUUCCACCUAGACACUGACACAGAUGUGGAAGAGGAGGACACAGACACACAUUCCAAAACAGUUCCAGAAUCAGAUUCUAGUGGGAUCAGAACAGGUAUUGCUGGUCACCAGGAGAUCCUUUUGGACAGUGAUACUGAUGAAGAAGACAACCCUUUUGCCCCUCCGGCCAGCAGCAGAACAGCGGAGCUCCUUAAUCCACCCACCAGUGUAGGACCUGCAGCUGCUGCUCCUCUGGAGAUCAGGUCUGACAGCGACACAGACUUAGAGGAAGACGCCACACAGACCAUGAACCUUCCUCCUCCUAAUGUCGCCACGGUAACGGAGGACACGGUGUUAGCGUCGCGACAGGCCGUGCUUCCAUCACCCACAACAACGAUAACCGGUGCUGUUACCACGACAAUCGCUCUCAGGUCUCAGGACUCUGAUGCUGACACAGAUGCUGAGGAGGGGAGGUUGGAGCCCAAACCCCCCCGGUGUCGGCCCCCAGCAGGGAUGGUCCCGGAGUCGGACCUCAGUGAGCCCAGUGACUUCAGGAUGGACAGUGACAUGGAGGAGGAUGGACCAGGGGAGGCAGGCCAGGGACAGACUGGAGGUCGGCUCAGAGAGGGGGCAGCUGGCCCCGGGCUGCUCCCCCUGGGGGGUUCCCCUGGCCCUCAUCAGAAGUGCUCCACCCCUUUGGCAUCGUCAGUACAGGAGGAGAUGGAGACUCAGGCCUUCCUCAGUCCCUCUGACCCCUUCAGACCUCUCCCUCCUGUGCUGAGGCCUACAGCAGUAUUGUCCUGCUCUGCAUCAGACAGCCAGGAGGACGAUGACUUUGUGGUGGCCGAAACCCAGUCAUUUGUGUUGGAGGCCCAGAACCAGGGCCAUCAGAGCAGCCUUCCAGUGGAACCAACCCCGGAUGCUACGCAGCCCUACGAUCUGGAGCCUUCCUUGGGGGAGGACCAGGAGGAGCAGCCCAGCCGAGGCUCCUUCCAGCUGGGUCUGUCAGACAGCAGCCACCUCCACCUCCAGGCCAGGGACCAGGCCUCCGAGAGCACCCAGGCAUUCAGCUUCCCAGAUGGGGAUUCUGACCUGGAGGCCACCCAGACCUAUGGAUCUGGAGGGGGGAGCGAGGAGCUUGGCCUGAGGUCUGCGGUGUUCGGGAGGAACAGGCAGGUGGACUUUGUCCUGGAGGCAACACAGGCUUAUGCUGCCCAGCCUUGCAGUGACACAGAGGAGGAAGAUGAAGAGGAGACCCCCACCACGUCUAAUGUUGAUACGACUGAAACCCUGCCCAUGUCUGCCUAUGAGGAAGAGGAGGAAGAUUUGGUUGGGGCCAUGCCCUCAACCCCAAUAAGGAGAGGGAGAUCUGGAGGAGCGAGGGACAGGGAGGAAGAGGAGCAGGAGACCCAGACUGGUGACGUGCUGAUCAACCAAUACCUCUCCACGGCUCAAACUCUGGACAUGGUCCAGGAGAGUGAUGAUGAGGAAGAAGCCAAACCAGACCCACCCAGAGGAAGAGGACGGUCCCAAGAACAGACAGUAGACGAGGAAGAGACACAGACUGUCUGCUCCUACCUCUCCACUGCUGAAACCCAGCCCAUGUUUACUGCUGCUGAGGAUAAUGAGGAGGAAGAACUCAAACCUCCAUCACCCAGAAGGAGGGCAAGGUCCCAGAGAGGGAGAGUAGAAGAGGAGGAGACACCACCUAGUGAGUUCCUCACCAGCUCCCACAUCUCCACCGCUGAAACUCAGCCUAUGGGUACUUGUGACACUGAGGAAGAGAAGGAGGAGGACACCAAAGAUAAAGGACGGGCUCAGAGAGGGCGAGGGAAAGAGUCGGAGGCUGGGACAAGCGGUGUCAGCAGUAGAGGUAGAAGAGGAGGAGGAGAGGAAGAAGAGGAGGGUGCUGAGCCUCCAAAGACACAGACAAGAGGGAAGGGAAAGGCUGUGAACACCACAGGAGGCAGAGGGAGGAGAGGGAAGGUGCUGUCUGAGGAGGGAGAGAGGGAGAAAGAAGAAGAGGUGGAGGUGGUUGAGCAAGGGAGAAGACGAAGAAAGAGUGUGAAACAACAGAAAGAGGGAGAAAAAGAAAGACUUGAGGAGGAAGAGGGAAUAGAAAAGGAAAGACAAGAACAAGCUGAGAGGGAACGGUUGCAGAAGGAAAAAGUAGAAUCAGAAAGGGUUAUGAAGGAACAACAGGAGAGAGAAAGGAUGGAGCAGGAACUUAAAGAACAAUAUGAGAGAUUAGAGAGGGAGAGAGUGGAAAGACGAGAAACAGAAAGGAUGGAGAGAGAGGAAAGGGAACAGGAGGAAAGAGAGCGGCUUGAGAGGGAAAGGAAGGAACGAGAAGAGCAAGAAAGACUGGAGCGAGAAAGCAGGGAAAGGGAAGCGCUUGAGCGAGAGAGGGUGGAAAGAGAGGAGAAAGAGAGAAUGGAGGGAGAACAAGCAGAAAAUGAAAGAUUGGAGAAAGAGCGUAAAGAGAUAUUGGAGAAGGAAAAAAUGGAAAGAGAAGAGAUGAAAAAACAGGAGCGAGAACGACUGAAGAAGAACAAGGAAGAGAAGGAUCGAUUAGACAGGGAAACGAAGGAAAGAGACCUGAAAGAAAAACUGGAGAGGGAGAAGAAGGAAAGAGAAAAGAGGGAAGCCAAGGAGAAAGAAAAGGAGAUUAUUAAAGAACGACAAGUGAAGGAACAAGGAGAAAAACAAAGAAAGAAAGACAACGAAAAUGAGCCAAAAACAUCCACUAGAGGUCGCAGAGCAAUCACCAGGAGAACCGUCACGGUUCCACCCACAACUGAACCACAACCUGAACUUGAUAUUCUGUCCAGCCAACCAGAACCAGUCCCAGCUAGUAUAACUAGGUCUCGCUCCAACUCUUCCAACUCUGUCAGCUCUGAGAGAUCCAGCAUAGGCACCCUGGGGAGCAGAGGGAGAGGGGGGAGGAAGACCACCAGCACCACAGAGCCAGCCCCUGGUCCAGACAACCCCACCCGCAACAGCACCAGGAGACGGACGUUGGUCGGGACGGUUGUGGCUCCCCCUACUGCUUUGGAGGUCACAGUGCAGGACAUUCUCUCCAGCGAACAGUUUGUUGCCAGGAGAACCCGCUCUCGCUCCAGCUCCACCAACUCCCACAGCUCCCUCAACUCAGAGGUCUCCACCUGUAUUGCGGCUAGCAUGAGCUCUCAGAGCAGAGGGAGGAGGAAGACUGGAACAGAGUCUGUCUCUCCCAGUAACAGGCAGAGUGAGCAGCCUCCAGCCCCCAAGCCCACAGCCAGAGGCAGGAGAAGCCAGAAAGUAGAGGAUUAUGGUCCACAGCCUGAGAUUAAUGAGAAGGCUGAUUCUCAGGAGGCUGGUGGUACCACUAGAGGGCAGAAGAAAACAGACAAAACCAAUGAGCCAGACCCUGUAGUAGCAGAUGAAGAAACUACUCCAGCCCAGGUAACCGAGGACUCCCCCGCUCCUAGAGGGAAUGGAAGAGGCCGGGGCCGAGGCGGACAGAAAGACAACACACCUGAAUCCACCACUACAACAGCAGGAGGGGACACUCCAAGUGAAGAGGGAGUGGAGUCUAAAACAGGUGGGAGAGGGAAAGGGAGGAAGAAGGGGCUGGAAGAGGAGGAGGAGAGCAGUGGGUUCAAGGUUCCCCGGGGUAAAGCUAAGGUUCAGAGGGGAGGGAGACGUAGGGCAGCAGAGGAAGGAGAGAAAGAGGAGAAUCCUGCAUCCACUCCAGCAAAGAGGGGCAGAGCCUCCACUGCACAGGUGAAAAAGAUAGCAGAGGAGGAGAAGAGUAUGGAGGGACAGAGUGAAAAGAUGGAAGAGGCUGGUACUGUGCAGAGGAAAGUCCGAGGCAGGCAGUCAACUGUUCAGAUAAAGAAAGAAGAGGAAUCUGUUUUGGACUCUAAUUCUGUGGUGCCCCAGACCCCUACAGGUAAUGGCAGAGGUAAGCGUAGGGCCCCUGUGGAAUCAUCACCUUUUGCCAAGACCCCUCGCUCCUCCUCUGCCUCUCCCCUGUCCUCUCUCUCCUCCCCUGGGACACUGGGCCGAGCUAGGGCCUCCACGCAGUCCUACAAGGUGUUGUUUACAGGAGUGGUGGAUGAGGAGGGGGGGAAGGUGGUGUCUCGUCUGGGGGGCAGCCUGGCGAAGGGUGUGGCCGACAUGACCCACCUGGUGACUGACAGGAUCCGACGCACCUUCAAGUUCCUGUGUGCUGUGGCCCGUGGCGUGCCCGUCGUCACCACCGAUUGGCUGGAUAAGUGUGGUAAGGUGAGUAGUUUCCUACCUACUGACAGGUACCUGGUGAAGGACAGGGAGCAGGAGAACAAGUUCAGCUUCUGUCUGGAGGAAUCACUGAGGACCGCCAGCAUCCAACCUCUACUACAGGGAUAUGAGGUCCAUGUGACCAGGUCAGUGUUGCCUCAGCCAGCCCAGAUGAAGGACAUCAUCGUCUGUAGCGGAGCUCGCUUCCUCUCCAAGAUGCCCUCCACUCAGAAGGCCCAGGCCCGGACCCUAGUGAUAUCGUGUGGGGAGGACUGGUCUCUCUGUGCUCCUGCUCUCUCUGCUUCUCUCCCCGUCCUCAGUGCUGAGUUCCUGCUAACUGGUAUAUUACAGCAGAGAGUGGACCUGGUAACCCAUGUCCUCUCAGCCCCCAAACCCAGGGCCCAGCCAGGAGCCAAAGGCCAGGCCAGUGGCAGGAAGAGAACGUAACAGAAAAACAAAAUUCACCUGGGUGGUAUUCAUUAGUGCAUACUGUAGCAAAACAUUAUGCAACAGAAAACAAAAACUAGUGUUGGACAAGUUCAGGCAAUCCCUCCCUGUUUUAGUCUGUUUUCUUCCGAUAUGUGAAUAUGACCCUGUCUACAGGGCCAGGGAGAAGGCAUUAUAGUUCCAGAGGAGACCGCAGACAGACGACACCCGUGUGUGUGUGUGUGUGUGUGUGUGUGUGAGUGAGUGAGUGAGUGAGUGAGUGAGUGAUGGCGUGUGUGAUAGCAUGCAGCACCCACCUCCACCUGUAUAGUGAACAGUAGCAGGUCCAGGCCACAGAGGAGUGGUAACUACAGUACUACUACCCUGGAGGGGCUGGAGACCAUUAGACACCUGAGAGAGGGGAGAAUGAGGAUUCGGAUGUACAAGAGACAAAUGGCAGCAUCCCAAAUGGGACCUUAUUGCCUACUUUUGAAAAGAGCCCUGCACUAUAUAGGGAAUAGGGUGCUAUUUGGGACGCAGCUGUAAAAGGCUGGUGAGAGGAGACAUCCACCUGUAUGACCAACUAGACUAGAUAGUUGAGAACGUAUUCACUCAGAUAAGACAAACAACCCCAAGAUAUGGAAAUGUACUCCUAUGUUUGAGGGUAGAGAAUAUACAUGCAGAGAAAUGCUCUGAAUAGAUUUGUUUAUAACAAAAGAUGUAAAUAUGAGGUAACAGAGAGAAAUACAUGAGAUCAUUUACUGCCUAUCCCAGUCAUAUUUAUUUUAUCUGUUUCUUCCUGUCUCUUCUCUCCUCCUCCUGAUCUUUCAUCUACAGUUGAAGUCAGAGGUUUACAUACACAUUAGCCAAAUACAUUUAAACUCAGUUUUUCACAAUUCCUGAUAUUUAAUCCUAGUAAAAAUUCCCUGUCUUAGGCCAGUUACGAUCACAACUUUAUUUUAAGAAUGUGAAAUGUCAGAAUAUUAGUAGAGUGAUUUAUUUCAGCUUUUAUUUAUUUCAUCACAUUCCCAGUGGGUCAGAAGUUUACAUACAUUUAAUUAGUAUUUGGUAGCAUUUCCUUUAAAUUGUUUAACUUGGGUCAAACGUUCCCGGGUAGCCUUCCACAAGCCUCCCCUGGCACAUUCCUCCUGACAGAGCUGGUGUAACUGAGUCAGGUUUGUAGGCCUCCUUGCUCGCACAUGCUUUUUUCAGUUCUGCCCACAAAUUUUCUAUGGGAUUGAGGUCAGGGCUUUGUGAUGGCCACUCCAAUACCUUGACUUUGUUGUCCUUAAGCCAUUUUGCCACAACUUUGGAAGUGUGCUUGGGGUCAUUGUCCAUUUGGAAGACCCAUUUGCGACCAAGCUUUAACUUCCUGACUGAUGCAUUGAGAUGUUGCUUCAAUAUAUCCACAUUUUCCCACCUCAUGAUGCCAUCUAUUUUGUGAUGUGCACCAGUCCCUCCUGCAGCAAAGCACCCCCAUAACAUGAUGCUGCCACCCUCAUGCUUCACGGUUGGAAUGGUGUUCUUCGGCUUGCAAGCCUCCCCUUUUUUCUCCAAACAUAACGAUGGUCAUUAUGGCUAAACAGUUCUAUUUUUGUUUCAUCAGACCAGAGGACAUUUCUCCAGAAAGUACGGUCUUUGUCCCCAUGUGCAGUUGCAAACCGUAGUCUGGCUUUUUUAUGGCGGUUUUGGAGCAGUGGCUUCUUCCUUGCUGAGCGACCUUUCAGGUUAUGUCGAUAUAGGACUCGUUUUACUGUGGAUAUAGAUACUUUUGUACCUGUUUCCUCCAGCAUCUUCACAAGGUCCUUUGCUGUUGUUCUGGGAUUGAUUUGCACAUUUCGCACCAAAGUACGUUCAUCUCUAGGAGACAGAACGCGUCUCCUUCCUGAGCAGUAUGACAGCUGCGUGGUCCCAUGGUGUUUAUACUUGCGUACUGUUGUUUGUACAGAUGAACGUGGGUCCUUCAGGCAUUUGGAAAUUGCUCCCAAGGAUGAACCAGACUUGUGGAGGUCUACAAUUUUCUUUCUGAGGUCUUGGCUGAUUUCUUUUGAUUUUCCCAUGAUGUCACGCAGAGGCACUGAGUUUGAAGGUAGGCCUUGAAAUACAUCCACAGGUACACCUCCAAUUGACUCAAAUGAUAUCAAUUAGCCUAUCAGAAGCUUCUAAAGCCAUGACAUAAUUUUCUGGAAUUUUGCAAGCUGUUUAAAGGCACAGUCAACUUAGUUUUUGUUGAACUUCUGACCCACUGGAAUUGUGAUACAGUGAAUUAUAAGGGAAAUAAUCUGUCUGUAAACAAUUGUUGGAAAAAUUACUUGUGUCAUGAACAAAGUAGAUGUCCUAACCGACUUGCCAAAACGACAGUUUGUGAACGAGAUUUGUUGAGUGGUUGAAAAACGAGUUUUAAUGACUCCUACCUAAGUGUAUGUAAACUUCCGAUUUCAACUGUAUACUGAUUAAUAGCCAUCCUCUCUCCUUUGUAUAAAGAUAACAAAUGUACAUAUAUAUAUAUUGUGUAUAUUAUGCGAGGGUAAUGAAUAUACCAGGUAUCUGUCUUCACUAGCUGUGAUUGCUGAAGGGACAUUUCUUCAAUCUUAGAGAAAGGACUGAACUGAUUGUUUUAAUGCUGCUCGUCCAUCUACAUCUUUGUAUGUCUAGGAGUUAAAUGUGUCUUUAUUUACCGACCAAUAAACCUUAUGUACUGAA